AUUUAACGUUCUUUCUUCCUCAAUGGUUAGUUUCUAACUGAUCGUUCAUCAUGAAGGAAGGCAGGAUCAGUAGAGCCAGUAAGGAACUCAUAAGCGUGGAAGAAGGAUUAGUGGAGAAUGGGAAAACUUCAUGCAUGAAGCAUAUUGAAGUGAAUAAUACUUUAAAACGAAUAAUAGAAUGCGUGAAAUUAAUUCUCCUAUUGGAAAUGUUGCUUUUCAUUGGAUGGGGUUGUUACACAACGUGGCAAAAUUGCCGUAUCGAAUCGAUGGAAGUCAACCCUAUAGAUAAUAUUUCAAAAGCAGAAUCGGAAAAUCUGUUUGAUUUCAAGCGUGAUAAAAGUAUUAUAAACGCGGUUGAACGACUCAAUAAAUCGAACGAUAUUUUAACGGAGAAUAUCUUGGAAUUUUCGACGGAAAUUUCGAAGAUCGACAACGAAAUCGAUACGAAUGUCAAUACAACGGAAGAUAAUUUGCAAAACGUGGAAGAUGAUUUAUUAUCGGUAAUAAAUAACGAUAAGAAGAGCGCGUUAGAAGACGUCGAAUCUUUCGUUGUGAUCGAAGACGAUAAUUUAAAUUCAACGGAAAAGGAAUUUAAAGAAAACGUAAAAACGAACGAAUCGAGAAAAUAUGACAAAGAUUCAUCGGACGAUAUGUGGACAAACGAAUCGUCGAAAAGAAGCGAGAAAGACAUGCAACACGAUAGACAAAGGAAUUUAGAAAAUUAUUCGAUUUUCUUGUUGAUCUUAGAAAAUGCUAUGAGAAAUAUAUCGAUCUCGGAGAGUUCUAUCACCGGAGAGGACAAUUACAAAUCGCAAGAUUUUAAAGUAUCCGAUGAAUGGUUAAACAAAGAAUUAACGGACGAAAAUAGAGAAGAUUUUUUAUCGGAAUCACACAUGGAUGUUGAUGAUAGGAUGGGAGAAAAAUCAGAAGAAAAGAUAAUGAUAAGAUUUUUGGAAGAUCCUAACAAAGAUGUAAAUCGAAACGAAAAUAACAAUAGAUGGAAUCCAGAACAAAUUCCUGAUAUAAUAUAUCCUGAAAGCGACUAUGAUGCAAACGAGGCGUUUAACGAAAAAAAAAAUAUUUCAGAUUUAUCCAAUCCAGGUUAUCCAGAUUAUUUAUAUUACACAUAUUAGAUUAUUAUAAAUAGG